ACGGGAUGAUCCAUCGAUUUGCUUGGUUAGCCUAACGUGACAUAUAAUACCGGCUUAUUACAUGUUCAGGGCGACGUUUCUGUUAAUUCUCUCGGUUAACUAACAAUUUUCAACAAAACUCGAAGGUAUCUUUAAAGAGAAAGGAUUUCUAGAUAAGAAAAGCAUCAUGUCUUGGGAUAGUUACAUCGACAAUUUGACUGCACAGACCAAGGAUGCCAGUGGAACUGCCCAUUGUGAUAAAGCUUGUAUCAUUGGAUUGGAUGGUGGUGCUCCCUGGACAACUGCAACUCCUGCUAAUGCCCUGAAACUGCAAGGACAGGAGGGUGUCAACAUAGCACAAUGUUUCAAAGCAAAAAACUUCACUUCCUUUCAAGCAGGUGGGAUGUAUAUUGAGGGAGUAAAAUACCAGUUUUUAAGGGAGGAGGACGGUAAACUCGUCUUGGCAAAGAAGAAGGACAAAGGCGCAAUCACCUUACAAUCUUCCAAAACAGCUAUUGUUAUAGGUCAUACUAAAGAAGGUUGCCAGCAAGGUUUUGUUAACAAAGGUGUAGGAGUUAUUGCCGAAUAUCUAGAAUCACAGGGCAUGUAAUCUACAGACCAUUUCUUUAACUACAGUUCCACAAAUAGGACAUCUGUUAUGCUCAUUUUGUGUAAACAUAACAUAAUGGAUAUUGUUAUUAUUACUUUAUUAAGAAACACUGGACUUGAGCUUCUUAACUUUAAUGAUUUUACAAUGAUUGAAAUAAACAAGUUUAUCAAGACUAGCCAACAGUGGAAAUUGUGCCGAAAAGUGACUUUUUGAAGGAAAUUUUUUUUAUUCUUAAGCGUAACAAAGUAAAUAACAUGUAGUGUUGAAAUGAGUUAAUAUAUUUAAAUGCAGUCAGAAUUCUAACUUUGAAGACGGAGGUAACCUGAUCCUGAUCAUAUUGGAUAUAAUACACUCUCAAAGUGAUAACUGUAUACAUAGUCACAUUUAGAUCUGAUUAUUGAGAUAUAUAAGUUACAUAUGAUCUUAAAUUUGUUAAAUGACAUGCACAUGAUUCACAUAUGCUAACAUGUUUCAACCAUGUGUAAUUGAAAUAUGCAGUGGCAUGCACUGUUAAUGUUAUUUUCUUUUACAUCUCUUUUUUUUUCUUGUAUCUAAUUCAUGUAUUGUAUAAACUGUGUGUAUCUAGUAGUAUAUUAACCAUUUACUUUUGUUAAGGUCCUGUAAUAGUUUACACUUGAAAUAACUACAACAAUGGCUGGUUAGAAAUAGUAACAUCUAGUUUUUGUCCCAAUAAGCAAGCUACAUACAAGGAGUAGUCGGAAUACAGUUAUUUGAUAAUUCAGUAAAAACACAAGUGUUUUGAUUUAAGUUUGUGUUUAAACACCACACAUAAAAUGUCAGGAAAUCUACUUGUAAUUUGUAUCUCUUAAAAUGUAAUUUGUCAUAAAUUUAUUACCUCACCAUGAUAGCUGUGGACAGCUAAAUGUUACUAUUUUUAGCCUUGUAAGAGGACCAUAAAGAGGGUGUUUGUAAAAUACAGGAAAUGUUUUGAUUUCCACCAAACUUUGGGCUACACUUUAGAUCUGAGAAGAGAAUAUCGCAUAUUAUGCCAAUAAACUCAUUAAUAAAUGAAA